GCCUCUGAUCUGUGAUCUUCAAACACCCUGCUUCCAAGAGUCACUUGUCAACACAGCCAUAAGGAAGACUCAAGAGGCCCUAGCAGGUGUGAACAGGUUAUAUUUAUUUGAGUAUAGUGUUGCAGCUGGUGUUUGGUGGGGGGUGUGAGAUGUGGAUGCCCCCCCACAUGAAGUCCAAGGAAGGGCCAGCCCCACUCCCACAGCAUCUGUCCUGGAUCUGGCUGCUCGUAGCAGGACUUCAUUCCUCUUUGCCUUUGCAAAGAGGUUGUUGAUUGAAACCAGGCAUCCCCAACCUGCGGCCCUCCAGAUGUUUUGGCCUACAACUCCCAUGAUCCCUAGCUAACAGGACCAGUGGUCGGGGAUGAUGGGAAUUGUACGCCAAAACUUCUGGAGGGCCGAAGGUUGGGGAUGCCUGAUUGAAACUAUUCAAGUUUCAAAAAUAUCAAAAAAGGUUAGCCACCACAGCUGUACUUGAACAUAGGGGGGUGCAGGUGGCGCUGUGGUCUAAACCACUGAGCCUCUUGGGCUUGGUGAUCAGAAGAUCGGCAGUUCGAAUCCCUGUGAUGGAGUGAGCUCCCGUUGCUCUGUCCCAGAUCCUGCCAACCUAGCAGUUCGAAAGCAUGCCAGUGCAAGUAGAUAAAUAGGUACCACUGCGGCGGGAAGGUAAACGGCGUUUCUGUGCACUCUUGUUUCCAUCACGGUUUUCCAUUGCACCAGAAGUCGUGCUGGACACAUGACCCAGAAAGCUGUCUGUGGACAAAUGCUGACUCCCUUGGCCUGAAAGUGAGAUGAGUACUGCACCCUAUAGUUUGCUUUGACUGGACUUAACCAUCCAUUACCUUUCUUUCUUUCUUUCUUGAGCAUAGAUAAGGAACCUUGAGGAUAGGAUAUAAAUGCAAUAGGUAAAAUGAAAUGAUGAAUUUAUUUUGUUUUUCUAUUUAAAUUUCAGUACCUAGUUCUAGAUCUGUAUUGGGGGAGUGGGAAUUGUGUAUGUCAAUGUCAAUGCAAAUCUCUCUUUUUGAGGAAUCGCAAGUGGGCACUCUGGAGCCAAAUGGACCUGAUGGAUAAGGAGACUGAAGACUUUAAGAGCAAGGAGAAGGCUCUGGAUGAUGCCAUUGAGAGGCUCAAGAAGGAAAACAAGUUCAGGAAAGAGAAGCUGGUGGCAUUUUGGCAAAAGAAGAGGGAGCUCUCCAAGCGCACAGAUGGACGAAACACCAUUUUAUGGGAGCGAAACAUGAAGCUCUGGAAGAAGGUCACAGAUCUCUUUGAGAGCAUCAGGAAUGUCUUGAAAGAGGAACCAGAGCUUUGGAAAGAAGAGCUGGACAGCUGGACAGCUGAGAUGGCACUUUGGAAGAAGGAGAUGGACCAGUGGGAAGAAAGGUUCUGUGGGAGCUAUUAGUAUGUCCAUUGCAAAAUAAAUCUCUGGAUCAGCCCUCAAUUGAUCCCUUGCAGUGGACAAAAAAAUCUGGUCAUCUAAACAAGAUGGCGUCAGCUAAUGUAUGUGGAAAUUCAUUAAAAGUUUUUCACAGGUGGU